AUGGCGAGAACAGAACUUGUGAAUGAUAUGAAACUGAACGCUGAGAUUCACCCCGAUGGCAGCACCUCACACUAUACCUACGCCCAAGGAACCGCUGGCAGAUGGCCAAAGGCAGAAAUCUGGAAGAGAGGGAAGAUACUUGGAUCAGGGGGUUUCGGGGUAGUCUGGGUUGAACAAUGUGUAUCAAGUCAAGGCCCGACCCGGCUGCGAGCUGUCAAGAUGAUUAAGAAAGAGUCCGACUCUUCCAAAAAGGCCUACUGCGACCAAGAGCUCGAAGCUAUUGCGAAGUUUUCUCAGCCAAAGUACUCACAUCUGUUUGUGAAAUCGUUCGGAUGGUUCGAAAAUCCGGAAUCCAUCUUCAUUACUAUGGAACAUAUUGAUUUGAGGGACCUUCAAAGACAGCUGACGGGCCCAAUACCGGAAACCGAAGCACAGCAAAUCUGUUCCCAACUUCUACAUGGUGUUCAAUGUCUGCACGACAAUAAAUUUGUCCAUCGUGAUCUCAAACCCCAGAAUGUUUUUGUGAAAUCCAAAGGGCCUAGAUGGCACGUCAAAAUCGGCGAUUUCGGCAUCAGCAAACGAUACAACGAAAGUGGUGCUUUGCAAACGAAGGUGGGCACUGACCUUUACUUUGCACCCGAAGUACUUGGGAUGUACCCUCCUGGUCGGAAGCCGCCGCACCCUAGUCUUUACACAAAUCGCGUUGAUAUUUGGUCACUAGGCGUGAUGUUGUUCUAUCUCCUUUCCCGCGAGUAUCCAUUCCCGAACGGCAAGAGCCUCUCGUUCUAUGUUCGGAAUUCCCACUUCCCGUCCUUGAGCAUGCUUCGGUCAGUCACCCAGGAGGGCCAAACCUUUUUAAGACGUCUCUUGACUGCAGACGCAACAGUGCGGUUGUCCGCUAAAGAGGCUCUCGAAGAGGGAUGGCUGAAACAGCCCUCCUUCGAUCUGGUCUCAGGAAUAUCGCGGAUAGCAAUUUCCGAAAAGUUGACGGCUGGCCACGGCCUGACAACAGCUGUUCCAAACCCAAUGGAAACUACCCACGAAGCUUCGAGAGGCUGGGAUGACGGAGAUGUUUCUUCCGCAAUGGUUGACGAGCAAACAAUUAGGGCUGCACAGGGGCCACAGAGCAGAUUGUCAGCCCGACAGAAGUCCACAUCUUUCAAACAGGCUCUGGGAUCCGACCCGCUGGACGACUUGAACACAUCUCAUAAUGAAGGGCUGUUGUUACUGAGCCGAGAGCAGUAUGCAGACGCUCAGAGAAUGUUCCAGGAGGCCUUCAAAUUGCGCAAGCACGCUUUUGGUGCCCAUCACGAAGACACAUUGGCUUCUCUUAGCUCAUUAGGCGAUACUCUAUACGAUCAGGAGAAGUAUGACGAAGCAGAAGCUAUAUACCAAGAUGUCUGGAUGCGAAGAAAACGAGCUCUUGGCGAGAGUCACCCAGACACCCUCAGAUCUUUAUACAAGUUAGGUAAAAUUUUCUACGUUAAAGGGGAGAUUGCCAAAGCCGAAGACUUGUAUAGGGACGCCUGGGAAGGUCAGAAGCGGGCUCUCGGGGAAGAUUGUGCAGACACAUUGGAUUCUCUAAGUGAAUUAGGUGAGGCUCUUUUAUGGCAAGACAAGAAUGCCGAGGCCGAAGGCAUGCACCGGGACGCCUGGGAAGGUCGGAAGCGGGUUCUUGGGGAAUAUUGUGAAGACACGCUGGAUUCUCUUAGUGCCUUAGGCGAUGCUCUUGCCGGUCAAGAGAAGUAUGUCGAAGCCGAAAGCGUGCACCGGGACGCCUGGGAAGGUCGGAAGCGGGUUCUUGGGGAAUAUUGUGAAGACACGCUGGAUUCUCUUGGUGAUUUAGGCGAUGCUCUUAGCGGUCAAAAGAAGUACACCAAAGCCGAAGCGGUAUAUCGACAGGUUUGGGAGGGACGUAAAAAAGUACAUGGGGCAAACCACGAGGAUACAUUUUUGUCUCUUCACUCCCUAAUCUUUUGUCUGUUUGAACAAGAUAACUACGCCAAAGCCGAAAGAUUACAACGUCAGCUUUACGAGAGUCGUCGGGAAGUGUUUGGAUCAAGCCACAAGGACACACUCACCUCUCUUCACUCCCUAGGCAUAUUUCUGGAUUUUCAGAGAAAGUAUGCUGAGGCUGAAGUUGCAUUUCGGGAAGCUUGGAAAGGGCGCAAGGAAGCCUUUGGUGCAAACCACACAGACACACUCGAUUCUCUUAAGUGCCUACGCAAUACGCUUCGCGACACUUCACCAUUGCCGAAACCGGCAGGUAAGACCAAGCGCAGCCUACGAAAAAGCCUGAACCCAUUCUGGGGAUAA